UCACGCAAACGAGAGCAAGAACAUUUCAGCGCUACUACUACAUUAUGGGAAACAAAAUACUAUUUCACACAUUUGUUUUUUACGUUCUGAUAAUUUCCAAUGUCGCCUGGGCUCAAAAUUGUCAACUAAGCGAAGCGAAUAUGAGACGAGAUUUCAUUUUCAUUCACAAAAAUGAUAUUCUUCGCACGGAUUACAUACCAGAUGGUGAUUCCUUGACACUCUAUUGCAAUGAACGUACACAACCGGUGGAUUUAACCUGUAGUCGGGGCGUUCUCCAGGCCAUGCCAGCGGGAGCUGCCUGUACUGAUCGCCUAAAGUUAACGGUGCAAGCAACAAAGAAACCAUGUUCGGCCAGUGGUGUGUCGGGCGAGUUGUACGACAUGGUCUACAAAUGGUCAACGGGCCAUAGUAUCACCCUUUACAGCAUUUGCUAUAGUACGCAGCGGGAGACUGUUUUGUAUAGCACUCAUCGAACAUAUGGCUUCAAUUUGGCAACCCCAAUUUACAAUCAAAGACUACGACCCACAUUUAAGCAAUUGGGUCAUAUGAAUGGAGCCCGCGUAAAAUCAUUCGAAGCCGAUGAUAUUUACCAAAGAUUCAAUACACUUUUGGGUCCGCAGCAGACGUACAUUAAGUCGAACAGAGAUUUUGCCCUGCAACGUGGCCACAUGGCGAAUUCUCAGGACUUUCUCACCUAUGAUCAAAUGGACGCAACAUUUUUGUAUAUGAAUGUGGUGCCAAUGGCACGCGGUUGUAACAUUCGCAAUUGGAAACAUGUCGAGAAUUGGAUUCACAAAUUACCCAGCGCAACUACUUAUGCCACGGUGUUGAGCGGAACCCAUGACGUCCAAUAUCUGCAGCACAGUCAGACCCAUCGUUUCGUCCCCAUUUAUCUAAUGGCCGGCGAAAAAAAUCCCAUGCCAAUGUGGUUGUAUAAAGUUGUCAAAUAUAAUAAUCGCUGUCAUGUCUUUGUAACGCUGAAUGAUCAUUCGAAAAAUCCAGCGAUAAGAGCUACAAACAUUUGUCAGCCAACACAAUGUCCUCAGGGUAUAUCGUUUAGUAGCGAUCCAGAGGCAUGUAUUUCGUUUUGCUGUGACUACUCAGAAUUUGUAAAGCAGGUUGGCAAUCACGCUAAGUUGUGUUAAGUUUGAAAGUGUAAGAGUUGAGGACGAAAAUGAAAAGUGUUUGAAUAAUAAAAAAAAGAAAAACAAGUUAAAAAGUAUCAGUCGGUUUUGAGGUGUACCCUCAGCCAAUGUUCGAUUAUUUAAAUAUAUUUUGAUUAAUCAACUUUGUGGACCAUAUAUGGUGUAGGUUCCGAAGGAAUGGGCUAACAUUGUCCAUUUCGUAUAGGACCUGAAUAAAUAUGAUAUGAAUAUUGCGACGUUCCAGGUUUGAACUACAGGGUGAGAUAAAAAAAACUGCAACAAAGUCAAACGCCAUAAUUUUUAAAUUUUUUUGAAUGAAAGCAAAAAAUUUCGGUAAAAGCAUCAAAUUUUAGAAUAUGUUUAGAUUUGUUCGAAGUGGUCACCUUGGCAAUAAAUGAAACCGUCACACGCUGCCCGAAUGUUGCUCUGCCGUAUUUUGGCCCAUUACCGGCGAAGCGCUUGCUUGAGGUGAUCGACACUUUGGAAUUUUUUAGUACCAACCUUGCUUUCCAAAAUACUCCAGACACAAUAGUACAAAAAGGGUUGGUAUCCGGAGACUUUGGUGGUCAUUGUGCGUUGGAAAUUAAGCGAGGAACCUCCUUUUUUUAACCAUUCUUGGGUGGCGCGUGCUGAGUGCGAUGGUGCUGAUUCUUGUUGGAAUGUCCAAGGUGUGCGGCCAAAAUGUUUGCGUUCCCAAGGCUUUAAUACACCCUCCAGAAUAUUUUCGCAAUAACAUCGGCAUUUAUUCCGAUGUCGUGGUCGGUUAAUACGAGCGGAGAGUGACUAUCGGCUGUUAUGGCGGCCCACACCAUCACCAUGGCCGGCGCUGGAGUUCUGGUGACCAACAGAAGUUUCAGAUUUUCAGCUGACCUCCUUGGCAAGUAAACACGAUCAGUUUGUUUGUUUACAAACUGCUGACAAUGAAUGUUUUCUCAUCGGAGAGAACCAAAUUCGGUAGUUCACCAUUUUCAGCCAAGCAAAGCAACUCUUUAGCUCUUUUGAGCCUAUUUUCUUUCUGGUGCGGUAUAAGUUCUUGCAAUUUUUUGGAAUUUCAAUGGCUUUACCCCGAGCUCAUUGUUCAAUAUUUGCCGAAUGGAAUAUUGCGAUAUUUUCAGCUCACGAGCCAUUUUUUCGGCCACUGCGACGCCGGUUUCGACCAAGUCGCUUCUUUACUUUUCAAACCAUUUCUGCUGAUAUUGCUGUUUUCUUCCGUCUACUUCCUUGACGUCGGGCUCCGCUUAUAGUAUCACCGUAACCAGCGAUGGUACGAGACGCAAAGAAUUUAUUCACAUUUAAAUGCUGGAUUGCUCUAACGAUAGCCACUUGUAGUUUUCCAGCCAAAUAUACAGAAAUC